AUUUUCCUCGAAAAUCACAAGCGAUAGAUUUAUAUAUUAAAUAGAAAAUAAAUAUAUGUGUUCAAGAAACAUGUCAGAAAUUUCAUAGUUGAAAUGGGGUAGGUAAGCAUAUCAAGUAAAUUUCCCUCUCUGCAGUCUGCACUAAUCCUUUGAAUAUCAUCUUCAUCAUAAUAUAAUAAAAUUGACAAAAAUAAAUAGAAAAACAAAGUCUACGUACCAUGUAAACAAUCCCUUUCUUCUAGACAGAUAUGCACCAACUGAGCAAGUCAAUGAAUCUUGGUCUAGUAGUGCUUAAAGCAAAUCCACCUUCCCCAAAUCGACACUCAGUAAUGUCCCUUCUCUAUAUAAUAUAAUCACUCCCUGUCUUCCUCUCUUCAGAAUGAACACUCCAAAAUAAAAGCAAAUGCGUCUAACAGAGACUCCCAGGAGUAAUAUCAACACAUUUAUGGCGAAAAAACGGAUGUCAACUCUCUUCUUCUCAUCCUCCAAAAUUCUUUCAUCUUCUAAUUCGUUUCCAAGCUCUUCUAUUCCUUCACCUACUGUAUACAAAUUCACUAAGUCCAUGAUGGAAGAGAACAUUGAAAAUGCAGAGUUAAUCAUCAGAAAAUGGGAUCCAAACUCCUCAUCAACCUCCCUCUUCCAACACAGAGACGAAGCAAGAGAAUUCUUAAAAAGUGUCAAACGUCUUCGCCAAGCAAUGCACUUUUUAGUAUCAGAACAUUCAGCCUCUAAUAAGCUUGUACUUGCUCAAAACCUUAUGAUAAUUGCCAUGAAAAGACUUGAAAAAGAAUUGUAUCUGAUACUCUCAUUGCAGCGUGAUCAACUUGACCCUGAGUCUGUUUCAGGUCUAUCCUCAGAUGGCUGGAGCAAUCUUGAAAGCAAAGAAGAGAAAGGUUCUGAAGAAGAGAUCACUACGAUGUCUGAUCUGAAGUCAGUAGUCGAUUGUAUGAUAAGUUCUGGGUACAGUAAAGAGUGCGUCAAAGUGUACAAAUUAAUCAGAAAAUCGAUAGUAGAUGAAGGACUAUACCUGCUUGGAGUUGAAAGGUUCAGGAUUUCUCAAAUUCGAAAAAUGAAUUGGGAAGCUCUUGAAUAUCUGAUAAAGAACUGGCUCAAUGCAGUAAAAAUUGCAGUGAAAACAUUAUUUACUGCAGAAAAAUCUCUCUGCUAUUACGUUUUUUCUGCAUCUCAGACAAUUAGAGAAUCAUGCUUCACUGAGAUUACUGAAGAAAGUGCAACAAAUUUAUUCAGAUUUCCUGAACUCAUUUCCAUGUGCAAGAAAUCACCAGAAAGAAUUUUCCCAUUAAUGGAACUCCAUGAAGGACUCUCUAGUCUUUGGGCAGAAAUUGAAUCAACAUUCAACUCUGAAUCAACUUCAGCAAUUAGAUUACAAGCCAUUUCAUCACUGCUCAGGCUCCGCGACUCAGUCUGUGCUAUUCUAUCUGAUUUUGAAUCAACGAUUCAAAAGGACUCAUCAAAAACUCUAGCUGUUGGUGGUGGGAUUCACACGUUGACUCGAACUGCAAUGAACUACAUUUCUUCACUUACAGAUCAUAGAACGACUCUAUCUGAUAUUUUUGCAGAUUCUUUCCCAACAGGGAAUCAUGCAUCAUUGCCUGAAUCUUAUUUUGAGAGUCCUCCAAUGUCUGAUGAUGGUUCUACACCAGCUGUCUCAGUUUGCCUGGCUCGGCUCAUACUAGUUCUUCUAUGCAAGCUUGAUCGCAAAGCAGAAGCAUAUAAAGAUGUGUCUUUAUCAUAUCUGUUCAUGGCAAACAAUCUUCAAUUCAUUAUCCAAAUGGUGACCACAACUCGCCUUAGAAACCUUCUAGGUGAGGAUUGGGUUUUGAAACAUGCCAAGAAAGUUAGAAAAUAUGCGUCCAACUAUGAAACAAUGGCUUGGACUAAAGUCUUCUUAUCUCUACCAGACAAAAAUUUCCCAGAUUUACAACCUGCAGCAGCGAAGGAAUGUUUUCGAAGGUUCAAUGCAGCUUUUGAAGAAGAAUAUAAAAAACAAACGUCAUGGAUUGUAUCAGAUGGGAAGUUAAGAGAUGAAUUGAAGGUAUCAAUAGCAAAGAAACUUGUACCAGCUUAUAGAGAAUUUUAUGACAAUUAUUUGGUGUUACUGGAUGGACAAAAGAAUUUGGAAAUGUUGAUAAGGUUUUGUCCAGAUGAUUUGGACAACUACCUAUCUGAUCUAUUUCAUGGUGUUGCAAUUUCAGAUAGUUCAUCAUCACCAUCAUCAUCAUCACCACGAGGAUGUAUGCCAAGGUGAAAUGAUAGAGAAACAUUAUUGUAAAUGCAAGGUAUAUAUGUAAUUAAUAUAUAUCACAUAUCAAUAUAAGUUCACUUAUAGCAGUAUUAAAACAAGAGAAAAUUAUUAUUUAGUCCCUCAGUUUUUACAUAAUUAUCCA